AUCACCAAUCCCACCCUUCAAUCCUUUCACACUCCCUCGAUCUUCGUGUCAACCCUUCAAAAAGUCUUCCCCCACAGAAAAGUGCUUUUCCAAACCCCUUCUUCCUCCUUCCUUCCCACCGCCACUACCACUCCACCCCUUUCCCUUCUCCCAUUCUCCAAUCUCCGUCACCAACUCCAAUUAAAUGUAGUGGGAGCCCGCAAGAGAUACAAAGAAACAAAACAACAGCAUCAACUCAUCGAAAGCGCUUCAUUCAUUAAGCCAAAAUGGCUUUCCACGACCAUCUACCGCACGAAAUCACGUUUCAGCCAUUCACGGACGAGCAGCAGUUAGGUCAGAGCAGAGACAUGCAGAGGCUGCUUCCACUCUCGGCCGCCUCCGGCGGCGGCGGCGCGGGGCCGACGUGGCUGAACAGUAACGCCGCCACGCUCCGGCAGCAGAAUUUUCUCCACUUGCAACCCGACUCGACCGCGCACCAAAACGACGACGUUCGGGGGAGCAUGAUGGGAUCGGAGAAAAGCUUGGAUCGGAACCGGACGGAAAGUAACUCGGAACCAGACGCUUUGGCGGAAUACAAAGCUGACAUUUUGGGACACCCACUUUACGAUCAGCUCUUAUCGGCUCACGUUUCGUGUUUGAGGAUCGCAACGCCCGUUGACCAGCUUCCGAGGAUCGACGCGCAGCUUCAACAGUCGCAGCGCGUCGUUGAUAAGUACUCUGGCCUUGGAAAUGGAGUCGUCGAUGACAAGGAGCUCGAUCAAUUCAUGACUCAUUAUGUUCUACUGCUCUGCGCUUUUAAAGAACAAUUGCAACAACAUGUCCGUGUUCAUGCCAUGGAAGCUGUUAUGGCUUGUUGGGAGCUAGAGCAAUCUCUACAAAGCUUGACUGGUGUAUCUCCCGGCGAAGGAACGGGUGCAACAAUGUCGGAUGACGAAGAAGACCAGGCAGAGAGCAAUGCGAACUUAUACGAAGGAAGCUUGGAUGGAGCUGAUAGUCUAAGCUUUGGUCCUCUUGUGCCCACUGAAAGUGAAAGAUCUUUGAUGGAGCGUGUGAGGCAGGAGUUGAAGCAUGAGUUGAAACAGGGUUACAAGGACAAGAUUGUUGACAUCAGAGAAGAAAUUCUACGAAAGAGGAGAGCGGGGAAGCUCCCAGGCGACACCACUUCCCUUUUGAAAGCUUGGUGGCAGUCACAUUCCAAAUGGCCCUAUCCGACAGAAGAAGACAAGGCAAGGUUGGUGCAAGAAACAGGCUUGCAAUUAAAGCAGAUAAAUAACUGGUUCAUAAAUCAAAGAAAAAGGAAUUGGCAUACGAAUCCUUCUUCUUCUAGUGGCUCCAAAAGCAAGCGAAAGAGUAGUGGCGCAGGAGAAACAAGUAACCAGAGCUUCAUGUGAAUGGACACCUGUUUUGAACAGG